UAGUGUGUCAAGUUACAGAGGCGCCGGAAUCGGCCCCAACGCUCCUCGGCAGCGGCAACGACCCACCUCUGCCCAUGGGGCCCUCCAUGCGCGCCCCUUCGCCGCGGGACUGAAACCGGCUCGCCCGGGAGUCGUGAGACACCAAGAAGGACGGACAGCGCAGAACCAACUCCAGGACUCUGCAAACACUUGAAGGGAAAAACGGGGCGGAGAGAAGGAGAGCCGUCCAGAUUCCCCUAACUUUCCUGGACUUGGAACAUUCUUCGAAGUAACUUUCUUCUCACCUGGGUGCACCCCGAUUACCGCUGGUUGUGUUUUUUUCGGCUUUUCCCCUCCUGCCGCUAAUUUUUCCAUCCUCUGCCGGGAGCAAAGGAAAGGGACAUUUCCCCCCUGCCAGCAGCUCGGAUCGCGCCUCGGGGCAGCGGCUCUCGCCUUUAUUUAUUCUAUUUAUUUAUUUAUUGGUUCUCAAGACCCGAGGGGAUGGUAGCGGAGCGCGCCCGCAAAGCGGCAGCAGCCGGUGCCCGCGGCCCCGGGGAGCCGGGCGCGCCCGCGGCGGUGGCGCCGGCCGAGCGCUGCGCGCGGCUGCCGAGCCCGGGGUCGUGCGGGCUGCUGGCGCUGGCCCUGUGCUCGCUGGCGCUCAGCCUGCUCGCCCACUUUCGGACCGCCGAGCUGCAGGCCCGGGUGCUGCGCCUGGAAGCGGAGCGUGGGGAGCAGCAAAUGGAGACGGCUAUUUUGGGACGAGUCAACCAACUGCUGGAUGAGAAAUGGAAGCUCCACUCUCGGAGGCGCCGGGAGGCCCUCCCGAAGACGUCUUCAGGGUGUCACUGUCCGCCAGGGCCUCCCGGUCCCGCUGGAAGACCCGGCCUCCCAGGGGACAAAGGUGCCAUUGGGAUGCCUGGACGUGUGGGAGUAAAGGGCCAACCAGGCGAGAAGGGAGCCCCAGGAGACACCGGCAUGUCCAUCAUCGGCCCCCGCGGCCCCCCUGGUCAGCCGGGCACUCGAGGUUUCCCUGGAUUUCCGGGUCCCAUUGGGCUCGAUGGCAAACCGGGCCACCCCGGACCCAAAGGGGAGAUGGGACCUCAAGGGCAAAAAGGAGAAAAGGGUCAGUGUGGAGAGUACCCACAUCGGGGUGAACGGGGCCAGGCCGGCAUCCAAGGCCCUCCGGGGCCACCAGGCCCGCCUGGACCAAGUGGACCUCUGGGGCCCCCGGGACUGCCAGGGCCCAUGGGGCCACCCGGCUUACCCGGGCCUCCUGGACCGAAGGGAGACCCAGGAAUCCAGGGCUACCACGGCCGGAAGGGAGAACGGGGCAUGCCAGGGAUGCCAGGCAAACAUGGAGCAAAGGGUGAGCCAGGGACCCCAGGAGCCAAGGGCGAAAAGGGGGCUGUAGGCUCCCCUGGGCUAUUCGGCCUCAUGGGGCAGAAGGGAGAAAAAGGCGAUGCUGGUAACUCCAUCGGAGGGGGCAGAGGGGAGCCCGGCCCCCCAGGGCUACCUGGGCCCCCAGGGCCAAAGGGAGAAGCUGGGGUUGAUGGCCAGGCCGGCCCCCCAGGACGGCAAGGAGACAAGGGGGAGCCUGGAGCAGCUGGAGACCAGGGACCAGCCGGCCCCAAGGGCACCAAGGGGGAACCAGGGAAAGGAGAGAUGGUGGACUACAACGGAAACAUCAACGAGGCUCUCCAGGAGAUCCGAACGCUGGCCUUGAUGGGGCCCCCUGGUCUUCCCGGACAAAUCGGCCCCCCCGGAGCCCCAGGCCAGAAGGGGGAGAUUGGACUUCCGGGCCCUCCAGGACACGACGGGGAAAAGGGACCUCGAGGCAAGCCAGGAGACAUGGGCCCUCCCGGUCCCCAAGGCCCCCCAGGAAAGCUUGGACCUACAGGAAUGAAGGGAGAACACGGACACCCAGGGAGCCCAGGAGAGAAGGGGGAGAAAGGGGAGACAGGACAGGCAGGCCCCCCGGGUCUAGAUGGCCCAACUGGGGAGAAAGGAGAACCAGGUGGCCAAGGGAGACCCGGAGCAACAGGAUUGCCUGGCCCUAUCGGGCUCCCGGGAUUUACAGGAGAGAAAGGAGAGCCCGGGGAGAAGGGGGAGCCAGGAGUGGAGGUUCCUGGGCCUCCAGGGCCAGAGGGGCCCCCCGGACCUCCGGGGCUCCAAGGUGUUCCUGGACCAAAGGGGGAAGCAGGACUAGAUGGAGCAAAGGGAGAGACGGGUGCCCAGGGAGAGAAAGGAGAUCGAGGGCCGCUGGGAUUACCCGGUACUCCAGGACCAAUCGGAGUCCCAGGCCCAGCGGGACCAAAGGGCGAGAGGGGCAGCAAAGGCGACCUGGGGAUGACAGGACCAACAGGAGCAGCUGGGCUUCCUGGUUUACAUGGACCACCCGGAGACAAAGGAAACCGGGGGGAGAGGGGGAAGAAAGGCUCUAGAGGGUCCAAAGGGGAUAAGGGAGACCAAGGAGCGCCUGGAUUAGAUGCCCCCUGCCCAUUGGGUGAAGACGGCUUACCAGUCCAGGGUUGCUGGAACAAGUGAUACCUCUAACCUGGGAUUGGCCUGUGUGUGUGUUUGUACAUAGAAUAUUUAUUUUUAUACAGUUUUCACUUUUUGAAAAUGCCAGAAGUAUGAUGCAUCUUACAGAUUAUUAAAAAAAAAAAAAGAAAAACCUGCAUAUUUUGUACAGAGAAUGCCAACCUCUUUCCCUUUGUUUACAAGAUGUUUUGUAUAAGUCUACGACUCUAAUACACUUUUUGUUUGUGAGUA